UCCGGGAGUCCCAGCCAGGUACAGGAAAGAAUAAAGUUAGCCGGCCCUUUGUGACGGAGCAUCGCCCAGGUGCGUGUCGCGUGAAAGUUUCGAGUUUCGAGAACGCAAUUUUCCCAAGGGAAUCAGUCCUCGCUAAUGCAAGAGUGGUUACGGAACGCGAGAGAGACGGGGAGAACUAUAAAAGGGGAGACACGAGAUAAAGGAGAAAGGAGAGAAAGCGAGCGAGAGAGUAGAACGCGCGAGGGUGGAACGAGGGUGGUAGUGGCGACGGAGUUUGAGGGUUGAACGAGCUGACGCUUUAAGCGAUGUAAGUUACAGAAACUACGCUUCCGACCGGUCUCGGGCGCAGAUUAGUCGUAAUCUCGGCGCAUUGCACUCUGCAGCCGUUUCCAUCCCUCGAUCUUCCCCCUCCCAUCCUCCCUACACCCCCGACCGUUCCGACCCCACGACUACAAAGGUUUCCGAACCGUUACCUUCUCGCCGAACCAAGACGAACGAACGUGCCGGUCGCACCUAAAUUCACGUACACCCGUGAAUCGCCCGCCGUGCGACAGAUUGUACUUACUUGCCGCCGUAUCGCUGCUUUGAUUAUUUCCUGGAGGCUCGACGCCCGUUAGACGUCUACGCCGAACGUAGCUUGCGAGUUACAACCGCGCCCGGAGAUUAAACGCUUCUCGGUUUAUAGCCACGUUGGGGUCUUUAGUCUCGGUUUACGUGGCCCGAUGAGAUUUUGCCGCGGUAAACUCACGCUUCCCUUUUAUGCAGCUGCUGCCGGAAAUCGAUAAGUCCAACGAUCGUGCCCGGUAUUCGCCGGCUCUCCACCUCCCCUCUCUCACGUUUCCCGGAAGAUUUCACGUUUCGCGGAACCAGAAAGUCGGUUCUCGCGUCGUCGUGUCUAAUGGAUCGCGACCAGGAGGAAUCUCGUAGCAAAAACCGCAAAAUUCUUAUCUAUCGAUCUGGAAUUUUAAGCUAAAAUAGUAGAUUACUUUCGGUACAUCUCUCUCGGAACACCCCAAAAGCGUGGUAAGAUCGACUAUGGCAACGCGCAACGUAUCGAACAAACCACCAGGGAUUUCACGGGCUCUGCUCCUGAACGGUCUUAGUAUUCCUUCGUUUCUCUGGCUAUCGCGUAGGAUCUUUCUUACCGCGAGUGAUUAUAAAUGGCGAACGAGGCGCAAGAUAAGACGGAGGGUAGAAAAGUCGAGAAGACCUGCACGAAACGCGAAGACCUUGGAAAGGAUCCGGUGACCUUUGACAGAAUUUGCAAAGAAGUUAUCCUGCGAGACAAGAAAUGCCGACGCGAUUGGCCGAAAAAGUACGGUCACCUAAACGGUGAAUUUUUUAAAAAGGUGCUGGCCGAGGAAUGCAGAAAGAAAGGACUUCCGGUGGACACCUUCGAACGCAAACCACCGGAAGAUGCGAUUAAGCGUUCACCAAUUCUUCUGAGACCGUCGCCGUCCAUUCCCAGAACGACAUCCGGGUUGGUGGGCUUUCGUUCAUCUCGUCCAGAAUACAAUCUUGAGUUUACAGGCCGUUGGUACAUAUCACCAAAAUGGACGAUCGAACCGCCCAUAGAACCUGGUGAAUUUCGCGUCGCGCAGCAAACGCUCAUCUUUCUGGGUUAAAAGAAAUUUCUAUUAGAAAGGUGAAUUAACAAAGUAAAAUAAAGCAAUAAAUACAAAUGUUAUGUUCAGCGAUAUCAUGUACUCUCUGAAUUUUUAAUUGUA